UAGCAAGAGCCUAAAGCUUGUGCUCAGGAGGCUCUUCCGUCAUCUGUCUACCUACAGACUGAUCUGGGGCAUGGCAGCAGUGGUGCUCUGCAGAGCACAAGGGACAGUGGUGACCCAGGAUGAAAAAGUGCUGCUGCACACACCUGCUUCCUUAAAAUGCUCUCUGCAAACUUCCCAGGAAGUCCUGAUUGUUACAUGGCAGAAAAUCAAGGCUACGAGCCCGGAAAACAUGGUCACCUUCAGCUGGGACCAUGGGGUCGUGGUCCAGCCUUCCUACAAGGACAAGGUGAACAUCACCCAGCUGGGACUCCGGGACUCCACCAUCACCUUCUGGAAUACCACCCUGGAGGACGAGGGCUGUUACAAGUGCCUCUUUAACACCUUUGGUUCCGGGCAGAUCUCGAGAACAGCCUGCCUCACUCUCUAUGUACAGCCCACAGCAUCCCUUCACUACAAAUUUUCUGAAGACCACUUAAAUAUCACUUGCUCUGCCACUGCCCGCCCAGCCCCUGUGAUCUCUUGGAAAGUAGCUGGGUCAGGGAUUGAGAACAGUACGGAGAGUCUCUCACACCCUAAUGGGACCACUUCCGUCACCAGCAUCCUCCAGGUCAAAGACCCCAAGAGUCAAGUGGGGAAGGAGGUGAUCUGCAAGGUGCUGCACCUGGGGUCGGUGACCACCUUGAGGAAAACCAUGAACAAAGGCAUUUGGUUUUCAGUUCCACUAUUGUUAAGCAUUGUUUCCCUGGUAAUUCUUCUCGUCUUAAUCUCAAUCUUAUUAUACUGGAAACGUCACAGGAAUCAGGACCGAGAGCCAUAGAGGAGUCACACAUAACCCUGAAAGUUAUGCCCUGAUCUACUUGAAUCUGAAGCAGGAGGAAAGAUAACCAUUUUCUGUGGGACCUAAAAGCAAAAGAAGCAGAAGCAGAAGGCCUAAGUCAAAGACUUUGUAUUGCCAUCUAAUCGCUCAAUGCUUGUCUGAGUUCCAAGAGGAAGUAAUUUUACCUCUCAGGUCUGUUGUAGGACUUGAUUCUGUGAAGUAAUGCAGUGUUGUGCAGUUGAAAGGACACUGGACUUAGAAUCAGGAGCCCUGAGUUGGCAUGCUGACCUAGGCUCUUACUGACGGCAUCUGUGGUCUAAUCGUUUUACCUCACUGAGUAUCCAUGUCCUCAGCCAGAAAAUGCAGGAGGUGGACCAGAUUAUUUGCUAUUCAACUCUAAAUCCUGAUUUAAUUCCACACAAUAAAGAGAACAAACAAAGGGGAAAGAAGUGAAAAGGAGAGAGAAGAGAGAAUACAGGAAGGUAAAAGACCAAAGAACUCUUCUGUGACUACUUCUUACCUUGCUGUUGGUGAUACAUCCAUUCUUCCUUUGGUAGUCUUAGGGUCAUGAGUCUGUUUUCCCAUCACUAUCUGGUAUACUUUGCUAUUACCCUGUCUUGCUAGAACCCCUGGUUUCACUUCAUAUACUGCUGUGUGAUUUACCACAGCAAAAUAGGAUUGAAUUUAUUGUGAAAUAACAUUGGCAACCUUAACUUAACUUAUAUACUUUUACAGCAGAAUAAGUAUCUUAGACAGGAAUUCAUGUUUUUAAAAAGGCAUGCUUUCCUUCUCCAUUUGACUCAUAAGACUCAGCCCUAUUUUUAGUCCUUAUGAAUUCAGCCUUGUAUAGUAAAAAUAUAUUAUGAAAACAGACAUUGAGGAGAUUUCCUGUACAGUGGUCAGCCAACUUAUAGGCUUUGUCUUUUCCAGCUUUUUCCAUACCUUAACUUCUCAUAAAAGAUACACAUCCCUUUGUUCUAAAGAUAGCAUUCUAACUAGUGGAACAAUUUUGAGCUCUCACAAAACCAUAAGAUCAAAUAGUGGCUUUUUUCAGGAUCUUUUGCUUUCUGUGUCUCUAUCCAGUGACCUAGGACCUAAACCUUAAGUUGUUUUUACUGUUGAGUUGGGUAUUUAUAUAUUUAGUAAGCUAUUUAAUUCUUGAAUAUUUCUUACAUUUGUAUUAAAAUACUGAAUGAUUAAAAAUGUCAAUUCUCAA